AUGGUGUUGAACCCGGUGCUGGGGAAGCUGGUCAGCAAGAGGGUGGUGCUGGCCAGCGCCUCGCCGCGCCGGCAGGAGAUCCUCACCAACGUGGGCCUGCGGUUUGAGGUGGUUCCAUCCUGGUUUAAGGAGACACUGGAAAAGUCAUCUUUUGCAGCCCCUUAUGAGUAUGCUGUGGAAACAGCAAAACAGAAAGCUCUUGAAGUAGCAAACAGAAUGCAUGUAAAACACCUGAGAACACCUGAUAUUGUCAUAGGAGCAGACACUAUUGUGACUGUGGAUGAGCAGAUCCUGGAGAAACCAGUUGAUAAGCAAGAUGCGUAUAGGAUGCUGUCAAGGUUGAGUGGGAAAGAGCACAGUGUUUUCACAGGAGUGGCUAUUAUACAUUGCAGCAGUAAAGAUAAUCAGCUAGAGACAGAAGUCACUGAUUUCUAUGAAGAGACUAAAGUAAAAUUUUCUGACCUGUCUGAAGAGCUCUUAUGGGAGUACAUUCAUAGUGGGGAGCCAAUGGACAAGGCUGGUGGAUAUGGAAUCCAGGCCCUUGGUGGAAUGUUAGUUGAGUAUGUCCAUGGAGACUUCUUGAAUGUGGUGGGAUUUCCUCUGAAUCACUUCUGCAAAAAGCUAGCAGAAUUGUACUAUCCGCCCCGUAAACAUAAUGUACAACGUAAAAAAUAUGACUCUAUCCCUUCUGUGGACACUUUUGAGAACCUAAGUGAUGGAGAAAGUGAAUCUUCAGAUUUCACAGAGCACAAAGGUGCUAGUAAGUUGGACAGCAGUGGGAUGUGUUCCUCGGGAGUUAUUUACAAUUCCGAAAACAGUUCUAGUGUCAGAACUGGUUUUAUGGUACCUUUGGAAAAUCAGAAUGGAGUGUCGGAAAGUGCAGCAAAACUUCCAUCUAAAAUUCUAGAGCUGAUGGAUGGCUUUAGAGCUUCAAAGGCUCUGUUUGUAGCCUCUAAGCUGAAGAUGUUUGAUCACCUGAAAGAUAAAGGUCCACUGAAGGGUGUGGAUAUUGCAAAUGAAGUUGGAACCUCUGUGUGUGGAACAGAAAGACUCCUUGAUGCAUGUGCUGCUCUUGGAUUACUGGAGAAAACACCACAAGGUUACAGUAAUACAGAUUCAGCAAAUAUCUAUCUGACAUCAGAUGGUGAAUACUCACUUCAUGGCUACAUUAUCCACUCUAAUGACCACCUUUGGCCUCUCUUCACACACUUGGAGUCUGCUGUCAAAGAAGGCAGCAGGCAGAACCAUCGAGCCUUUGGAAAGAAAGCAGAGGAUUUAUUUAAGGACUAUUAUCACAGCCAGGAGGUGAAGCAACGUUUUAUGGCUGCCAUGCACAGCAUUGCGCACCUGACAGCAAGAGAUGUGGCUACAGCAUUUGAUCUUUCACGGUUUAAAUCUGCUUGUGAUUUAGGAGGUUGCACUGGAGCUCUGGCUCAUGAAUUAGUACAAAUAUACCCAAAUCUCAAGGUCACAGUAUUUGACCUUCCAGAAGUCAUUGCAAACACCUCUUACUUCCAGCCUUCAGGACAACACACUGCUCCAGUGACAUUUGUAUCAGGUGACUUCUUCAAGGAUAAUCUUCCAGAAGCAGAUCUUUACAUCCUUUCACGUGUUCUUCAUGACUGGCCUGAUGAAAAGAUACAUGUGCUGUUAAGCAAGAUAUCAGCUGUUUGCAAACCAGGAAGUGCCUUGCUAGUGGCAGAAAUUGUGCUUGACGAACAGAAGACACACCCUCCUAGAGCUGUGCUACAGUCCCUCAGUAUGACUGAAGGCAAGCAGAGAAGUGGCUCAGAAUAUAAACAGCUACUGGAGACAUAUGGAUUCACAAAUAUACAAAUUAAGAUCACAGGAAACUUACUAGAUGCUGUUUUGUGCUUCAGGAAGAAUCUUUCACCGUAGUGUGCCCAGAAGCAAACUGGGAUGCUGAGUUUUUACAACACUUGUGCAAUAUACCCAUCAUCAAUGAGCCCAUAUUGUCAGUUUAGGAUCACUUUGACCCUUUAUCUGAAGCAUAGUUGUUACAGGCCUUGAAUGAAAGUUGGACUGCAGCUUCUGCAGGAUUGAGUUCUAUGCAUUUAAAAAGUGUAUGGGGCAGGCCAAAACUCCUAUGUAUUAAAUACUUUCAGGUCCAGUUCUUUUGGCUAGUUUGCAGACUGUAUUAAGCUUAGACUUGACAUAACUGUAUAGCAUGGCAAGUUAAAACUACAAGCUUUUAUGAGCCACAUUAAUACCUUAGUUUUCUUGGACCUUUAUAUUAAAGAGAAUUCUCCCUCUGCAGUGUAUUCUUUGGUUACUGCUCAUUUUUAUCAGAAAUGAAAAAAUAAUACUGUACCAUCUGCAUGAAUUUGGGGAUGCUAGUCCUCUUUUUCACUUUUCUGUGGGGCUUUACUCAAAAACAUCUCAAGGAUACCCUUUUUUAAGCACUCCUUUGGCAGGCAAAAGUGAAAAUAGGACAAAGCUCAAACAUGUUCCUACAGCAGCUAUAAUGUCACAGAGAAACAUCAGCAGCCUCUGACCUCCAGCCGCAGUAUGUACCCACACAGGCUGCAGUUGAGAGCUGUUCAUAUUGGUUCCUAUCAGUUUCGGGUUUUUCUGAAUGUGGUUAAAUGGCCAUAUAUGCUUUCUGUCUCAUUACUUGAGAUGAAUUUUAGGAUUUGUGUAUAAAUUCUCCUAUGCAAAUUAAAAAUAGAAGUUUCUUCAUGUUUCAGUCUUUAAUUGGAGAAGUACGUACUGUAUCCCAUCUCUUCACGUAACGUGUCACUAAUGUCACCUCUCCUAAUGUUUGUUUUUUCCUGAUACUUCAUUGAUAUUUAUUUUUUCUAUUUAAACUGUACUUUGUAGUGGAAGCCUUCCUGGAGAUUAAAGUUGCACUUUCAAACUAGCUUUCUUCUCUAUCAGUUGUGAGUUUCUUGCCUGUCACACUUCUACAGCAAUAAUCCCAAUAAGCCAGUGUGAAAGAGGCCGUGCCUAUGCUGAA